GUCUUGUACAGGUGUACCAGCUCCUCCCCUUCAGUCUUGCACAGGUGUACCGGCUCCUCCCCUUCAGUCUUGCACAGGUGUACCAGCUCCUCCCCUUCAGUCUUGCACAGGUGUACCGGCUCCUCCCCUUCAGUCUUGCACAGGUGUACCGGCUCCUCCCCUCCAGUCUUGUACAGGUGUACCAGCUCCUCCCCUUCAGUCUUGCACAGGUGUACCGGCUCCUCCCCUUCAGUCUUGCACAGGUGUACCGGCUCCUCCCCUUCAGUCCUGCAGAGGUGUACCGGCUCCUCCCCUUCAGUCUUGCACAGGUGUACCGGCUCCUCCCCUGCAGUCUUGCACAGGUGUACCGGCUCCUCCCCUUCAGUCUUGCACAGGUGUACCAGCUCCUCCCCUUCAGUCCUGCAGAGGUGUACCGGCUCCUCCCCUUCAGUCUUGCACAGGUGUACUGGCUCCUCCCCUUUAGUCUUGCACAGGUGUACCGGGUCCUCCCCUCCAGUCUUGCACAGGUGUACCGGCUCCUCCCCUCCAGUCUUGCACAGGUGUACCUGCUCCUCCCCUCCAGUCUUGCACAGGUGUAUCGGCUCCUCCCCUCCAGUCUUGCGCAGGUGUAUCGGCUCCUCCCCUCCAGUCUUGCGCAGGUGUAGCGGCUCCUCCCCUCCAGUCUUGCGCAGGUGUAGCGGCUCCUCCCCUCCAGUCUUGCGCAGGUGUAGCGGCUCCUCCCCUCCAGUCUUGCGCAGGUGUAGCGGCUCCUCCCCUCCAGUCUUGCGCAGGUGUAGCGGCUCCUCCCCUCCAGUCUUGCGCAGGUGUAGCGGCUCCUCCCCUCCAGUC